GCUAGACUAGUGGAGACCAGAGCCCCUCUCUCCUUAGUCUGACCUAGCUACUCCAGGUUAGUCAUAGGUGCGUCUCUAUGGCUAUCCAGAGGCUAUCCAAGUCUAGUGACGAAACCGCGUGGGCAGCUUUUGGCUCGACGCCCCGAGGCCCCAUCCUAGCUGUUUCAACCGCAAGUUUCUCUCAGUGUCUCAUGAGCAUUCCACGUCCUGAGCUCAACCUAGGUUUUUUCGUACAAACUCGUUGCAGCUUUUGGUUGGAUAUACUGAAUUUAUCCAUCGCCUUUACAACUCAAAUUGCUGCGCCUAGCGCUUCAACAUGCGAUUCGGGAAGACUCUUCGCGAGUCUAUCUACCCGCCAUGGAGGGACCAGUAUCUCGACUACUCCAAGCUAAAGAGCAUGCUUCGCGAGGAUAAAAGCGACGAGGACGAUGUGCCAUGGACCGAAGAAGACGAGAACCGCUUCUGCGCCGAGAUAUUCAAUGUUCAGCUCGAAAAGGUCUCCCAGUUUCAAGCCGAAACAGCUGCGAGUCUACAGCAACAGGCUGAUGCCACCUUCGAGAAGCUCCGCGAGCUGGCCCCAUCCGACGACACGUCCAAGGACGACGUCGCCAGUUCACGCCUAGAGGAGCUCCGCACCGAGUUAGAUGGCAUCGUGAACGAGGUGAAGAAGCUGAAGAAAUACAGUAGCCUGAACUAUACCGGUUUUCUCAAGAUUGUCAAGAAACACGAUCGGAAACGUGGCGGCCGAUACAAGGUCCGCCCCAUGAUGCGUGUGAGUCUGGCUCAGCGUGGCCUCAAUUCAGAACAAGGAUAUUCGCCCCUCCUAAACAAGCUCUCUCUCAUGUACUACGCCAUCAAUCAAACCCUCGACAAGGACAAGCAGCAGCAGCCCCUCGACCUCGAGCAUCAAGAGGAGGUCCAUAACGGAGAGCGUUAUACUGCUCACAAAUUUUGGGUGCACCCCGACAACCUCCUCGAGGUGAAAACAGCAAUCCUACGCCAUCUCCCUGCCCUAGUAUAUAGUCAACAAUCUGCCAAGGAGCUCGACGGCAACCAGGAUCCCAAGAUCACAUCGCUAUACUUUGAUAACUCUAAAUUCGAUCUGUAUGGCAAGAAAGUCAAUCGUCAGACCGAUGCUUCUUCGUUACGACUUCGCUGGUACGGCCAGCUGAACGACAAGCCCGAUAUUCUGUUAGAGCAGAAAAUUCUAUAUGAAGAUGGGACCAGCGAGGAAAAGAAAUUUAACAUCAAGGACAAAUACAUUAAGCAAUAUUUAGACGGAGAGUACAAGAUGGAGAAAUCCAUCCAGAAAAUGGAGAGACAAGGUCAACAGAACGACUCGAUUGAUUCUUUUAGAACGACUGCCGAGGAUAUCCAGAACUUUAUCGUCGUCAACAAACUCGAGCCGGUUAUAAGAGCUAAUUACACCCGCACGGCAUUUCAGAAGCCUGCCGACGACCGGGUAAGAAUAUCCAUUGACACGGAUAUCGCGUUUAUUCGCGAGGAUACCUUGGAUCGUGAUCGGCCGUGUCGAGACCCUGCCGAAUGGCAUCGAACGGACAUAGACAACAGCAAUAUGACGUAUCCUUUCAAGAAUAUCAACCAGAGCGAGGUUUCGAGGUUCCCGUAUGCCGUAUUGGAGAUCAAGUGGAAGGAGGAAGAAGGCCGCAAACGUCCCAGGUGGAUAGACGAUCUAAUGGCCUCUCACUUGGUCUUUGCAACACCCAGGUUUUCCAAAUUUGUCCACGGUGUAGCAGCACUCUUUGAGGACUAUGUGAACAGUCUGCCAUUCUGGCUUAGUGAUCUGGAGACGGAUAUCCGCAAAGACCCUCAACAAGCUCACGAGGAGGAAGAGCAGAGGCGUGCCCAGCAGGCUGAGGAUGCACAAGCGGUCGAUAGCCUCCUUGGAACGAGUGUUAAGCGCGGCUCCUAUAAGCCGGCUGCGAGCUCACCCGUUGCGAAAUCUUAUCUCUCUGAGCGUGCUGCUUCAGAAGCAAAAGCACAGCGCCGUGCCGAGGCGUCUAGGGAAAGGACUGGCGACAGGGCCAUUGAGGCUGAUGACGAAAAUGGUGCUCCUGAACCAUCAGACACGAAACGUAAUUAUGGCACACUUACGUCAGUCUUCCCCGGUUUCACGUUAUCUCGCUAUGGCCGGAGUAAGCGCCAAAGAGAUCAGUUACCGGAGGGUGUGACCAAACCAGAGGUUUGGUUGAAAAACGCAGGUCCACUACAAAUCGAGCCCAAGGUAUGGCUCGCGAACGAGCGAACAUUUCUCAAGUGGCAGCAUAUCUGCGUGUUGCUUGGCAGUCUGGCGCUUGGGCUGUACACAGCGGCAGGCGAGAACGUUGUAGCUGAGUGCAUGGGCAUCGCGUACAUCGCGAUAGCGGUUAUUGCAGGGCUUUGGGGCAAUACCAUGCUCCAUCGAAGGCGGGCGAUGAUACUAGAACGCAGCGGUAAAGACUUUGAUAACAUGCUCGGGCCUCUGGCCGUCAGUGUGGCAUUAAUGAUCGCACUGAUACUCAACUUUGUAUUCGCGUACCGAAACGCACUCAGCAGAUUCAAUCAGCCAGCACGCAACGAGACGGAAACAGCAUUCAUCGGUGAGCUCUUGUAAGACGUUCGGACAUGUGGUAUUACGACCGAACGUAACUGUCUCGGAGUUGCUCAGAUUAUAUAUGAACCUCGGCCCCGUAAAAAGGAGUGUGGCGUUGAACCAUAUCACAGAAAAUAUGCAUAAUUAACACUAAAAAGGUUUAUUAUAUGUGUAGUAUAGGUAGUGUAAGUAGCGACGGCUGACGAGAAUGUACAUAUCAGAAAUCGGCAUUUUGUAACCAACCAGUAGCUCUAUCAUUCUAUGAUGACUCUGAAAUUGACACAAACUACUACAUAUCGACUCUUAGGCCGACACCUGGUUUGAAG